GUAAUACCGCUGAUUUCACUGUCUGUCUUUUGCAACAGUACUGCGAAGGGCCAUGGAGCCACUCAGUUGGAUGGAUUGGACUCUAAAUGUGUAUUUUAAUCCCACCUUGCAUCCAUCAGUUCAUAUUAUUUAUGAUGUCCCUUGGUCAUCCAUGAUCAGUCAGCUGACCUUUCACCCAGCUAUAGAAGGUGUCAUGAAGAGUUCUGGAGUUCCAGAAUGGUGACUACAGUGAGUCAGUUAUGAGAAUCUCUCUGCAGAAUUCACACACUCUUCAACCCGAACACACUCAUUUGUGCCUGGAUGAUCAACUGUGUUGGAGUACUCUCUUAUCGUUGAACUUACAGUCGUGAAAUUUUCGUUGUCGCUUUGACAAACACUUUGUUAAACCUGUUCUGUAUUUGGAUAUACAGCAACAAAAUAUCAAUGGAUUUUACUGAAGGAAGCAGAGGAAUCUACAGACCCAUCAGGGUGUUGUUUGACACACCCAUAUAUGAACGGGCUCUGCAGACCUGCUGGCAUGUUGGCUCUUAUAAGUCUCAGAUUGCACUGGUUGCUGAACUUCUGAGGCUCCAGCAGAAAUACCAGCUCUCAUCUGAGGUGACUGCUGAAGACAUGACUGAGCUGCUGUUGGAAGAGAGCAAAAGCACAGUGAGAGUGAAGCUCUGGGAAUUUGAACUGGAAGACUUUGAUGAGGAUGUCAUACCUCUUCUCAGACUGGUGUGGGAGGUGAACAACAACAUGAAGAGGAGGGACGUUGAGUUUGAAGCCAGAAGGCUGCUCAACUCACCAGAGACCAUCCCUCCUCAGUUUCAACAUCCCAAGAUCAUCAGCCAGGCUCACAAGUAUGCCAAGAGCCUGACAGAGCAGCACCAGCAAAUCCGCAGCUCCAAACUGCUGUGCCCACGAGAGGUGGUGAUGGAGGUGGUUCCAAAAGUUGUGCAGGGCUUCUGGUUGCCUCCUCCAAACACCUCCUUCAACAUGCCCUCCAAGCAGCUGAGUAAAAUGGCUGUUGGAGUCACAAAAGCUGUUGAGGACCGGGUCUCCACUACUCUGCCCUCCAUGCUCCUUCAGGUCUCCUUCUCCCGCUUCAUCAGAAACGACGUGGUCCUGUCUAUCCAGGAAAAGGUUAGACAGGGUUAUACUAAAGACGUCCUAAUGAAGAUGCUUAACUGCUUUUCAGCAAAGGUGCUGAAAACCAUCAGUGAUGUAGCAGCGGCAGAGAUCUGUGUGCUGUUUCAGCCUCAGACUCACACAAAAAUGCCUCCAAAUCUGAAGCCCAGAGAGGACUGCACCCAGCCAGCAGAUGUGGUGGAUCUUGCAGAGGCCAAAACCAGCUCUGCUGUCAUGACUCCUCCACCUGCUCCUCCUACCCUCGCUAUAACUGCCAACACUGGCCUGGAUGAGGCAGAGGAACAGCCAGUACCCAGCUCAGAACUGGACUCUGCUGUGGCUACAACUCCUGCAGCUCCUGUGAGCCCCGCUGAUGAGUCUCCUGUCAUCUCUGCAGUACAGGAUGACCUGACCGCCAGUGCUGAAUCUCAUUCUAACUCUUCCAUCCACAAUGGUUUGAACAACAGCCUGGAUGAAGCAGAGGAAGAGCCAACUUCAAGCCCACAACCAGACUCUUCUGCCCUUUCUCCUCCACCUGCUCCUCUUACCUUUGCUACAGAAACUCCUGCCAACACUGGCCUGGAUGAAGCAGAGGAACAGCCAGUGCUCAGCCCAGAAUCUGCUGUUAUUCCUCCUCCACCUGCUCCUCUGACCCCCUCUCCUGAACCUCCUGUCAACGCUGCCAACACCCCCAAAACCCAGGGGCCAACAUUCAGUCCAGAACCAGACUCCACCUUUGUUAUUGCUCCCCCACCACCUGUGACCCCUCCUGCUGAUGAGUCUCCUGCCAUUUCUGCAGUUCAAGAUGACCUGAUCUUCAUGCAGCAGCCAGUCAGGGUGGAUGAGUCCUUCACCACCACUACAGAGGUUAAAAAGACAAAGAGGAGAAGAUUCAGCCGCUUCUUUGGUUGGCUGCGAAAAAACAUCUGCUGCUGUUUCCUGUCUGAAGACACAGAGGCAGAAUGACAUUUCCUCUGUAAAACACCAUUUUAUUGCUGCACUGCAGCCUUCUGUCUUUCGUUUUGAAUUAAUAAAUUUGCAAAAUUAAGCAUUUUAUUUCAUAUGUUAUAGUUUGUUCAUAAAACACUGCACAUACUGUAUAGCUUUAGUUUCCUGGUGUAUUUCAUGAGCACUUUUAUUAUGGAAAAACAAACAGAAAUGACUUAUGCAAGAAACAAGACUUUCCAACACAGACAAACAGAAGACAGUGGAGGAUGGUAGGAGAUGCCGCAAACAAUUCUGAAAUCCCCUCAGUAAAACAUCAUUGAGUACUUUGUUAUUGUAAUUAUCAGUUUCAUUUUUGUGAAUGUAUUAAACUGUAUUAAAACUAAGACGCAAUACAGGAAUUCUGUGAUGUAUGUAGAGUGCAGGCUUGAUUUUGCACUAGGACAUAUGGAUGUGUAUUUGAGAAACAAGCACUUUUGAUUUGGGUAAAAUCAGAAUUACAAACAGACAAAAUGUCUUACAACAAAUGUCAAAUAUUCCCCAAAACAGAGAAGGAUUAGGAUUUUCAAACACUUCACCAUACAUCCCUUUGUAAUUGCCUGCAACUAGCACCUGUGGCAUUUCUGAAGUAAAACAUUUAUAGAAAAUUGCCCGUUUUUUCAAUGACUACUUUUGAGGAAACAUUGCAAUGGGAAAAUUUAUUUCCACAGACUGCACUAAAUAUAUGUAAAAUCAACAACAAAAACCUAUCUCUAGUUUGCCAGCUAGAAUGAAAGAACUACCAUACCCCUAAUCUUUUGCUUCCUGUCUGAAGACACAGGGACAGAAUGAACUUCCAUCUGUAAAACAUAAUUUUAAUGCUGCACUGCAGCCUCUAUUUCUCUGUUUCAUUUUUUGUGUCUUUCAUUUUGAAUUAAUAAACCUAUAAAUUUAUAGGUUUUGUUUCUGGGUGUACUUCAUGAGCACUUCUAGUAUAGUGACAAAAACAUCAAGAACAGAAAUUAAGAUAAAGAGAAGACAGUGGGGGGUGGUAGG